AUGGCGGAUGUGAAAGCAGCCAAGGUAUCCGACCGGUCCUCGGAGGCGAUGAUGCACGUCGCCUUGGAGGUCGUGCGAGAAGAAGAAGAAGAGGAACAAGCACCGACGGCAGCGCAGAGCUACUUCGUGCGAUGGCCAAUCCUGGCCCAGCACUAUGAGGUUGAGAGGUUCUAG